AUGGCGUCGAUUGCUCUCUUGACUAGGCCGCCGGCCGGUCCCGGGCCGGUCACCACCCCGAACCAGAUUGCCAAGCCGGCUUACACCGGUGUCUCUGAGGGCAAUGAAGCUCGGAAGGAGGAUCCGCUUGCGCGGUUUCCCGACAAGCUUUCAUCGCCGCUUUGCUGGGAUGCACGUUCCUUUCCCAAGGGUACUGGAGACUAUAUCAUUCAGUUUACUGCCGACGAUCUGGCCAGCAUUGACAAUGCAGUAACGUCCUUUAGGGCCCUCAACCUGAAAGAUGUCGCAAUGGUUUGCCCUGAGAACUUCCCCUUGGCACCUGGGUUAGCCCAGAAGCUGAGGGAUGCAAGCGACAUCGUUCAUAACGGCCGCGGCUUUUCUGUCUUUCGUGGCCUUUCUCCCAAUGGCCGCUCCGAUGAAGACAAUGUUAUUGCCUUUGCCGGUGUCAGCAGUUACAUUGGUCGUGAUCGCCACGCCAAUAGCAAUGGCUUCGCCAUGGAUCACCUUCGCGAUGCCAUCCGCGACCCGAAGCCGAAGGGCCGUGAACACGUGGAACUUCACCCAUCGAAGAUGAUGGUUCCCUUGAAAUUCCAUGCCGAUCGUAACUUCGCAGACGUGUUGGCUCUGUACAUCAAAUCGAAAGCCGCCAGCGGCGGCCAACAAUACCUCUCCAGUGCCUGGACUGUUUACAAUAUGAUGAAGGAGUCUUACCCCGAAGAACUCCGAAUUCUCGUCCAGGACUUUCCAUGGCCCGGUGUCCUGAAUGAGAUGCCUCACACGACCUAUCACCCCGUCCUUUUCGAAAAGGACGGCCGUAUUCUCUGCCAGCUGGUCUAUCGCGUCUUCGAAGGCACCACUCUUCUCAAUGACAGCCAGUGGCGCGCCCUCGACACUUUCGAGAAGUGUGCCAACGAGUGCGCCAUCGAACUCGACGUUCGCCCCGGUGAUAUCCAACUCGUCAACAACCUCGGGCUCCUGCAUGCACGACGAGGAUGGAUUGAUCGCCCCGGCAUUGAGAGGCAUUACUAUAGACUGGGACUGAGGGAUCCCGAGAAUAUGUGGGCGAGACCUGAUGGGUAUGAAUUUGUCUUUGACAAUCGAUUCGUCACGCCGAAAGAGGAGCAGGUCAUUCCAGUUACUGAUUUCGAUCCGUAUGGAUUGACGAGCUUGGAUAUGGACGGACAUGGUUGA